UUGAUAUGAAAGUGAAAUUGUGAUGUAACAGUGACAAGAAAGAUGAAUUAUGUUGGAAGUAUAUCGAUCAUUGACCGAGGGGAUGCCCUGGCAAAGGCUAUCGUUGAUAAAAACACCCGGUCUCUGGCACAGAGAGUUGCAGAUGAAACUAAAGAAGAACUGGACAAAGUUAUGGACAGGGUGGACAAUAUCUAUGUGUCCUAUGAAAUGUCUACCCAGACCAUGUUUGGUGAUUCAAGAGGCUCUCCUAAUGUAGAAUACAUUGAGGACAUUAAUGAUGGAAAGAAGUAAGAAAGUAUCUACAACAGAUGGCAAAGAAUUCAAUAUGAUAGAUGUGUCAUUUAAACAGGAGAAAAGUGACAAAAAUAUUGAUGUACACAUGAGCAGUUUAUAUGUGUGUGUAUGCAUGGAUUUCUUGAUGUCAGUAGCAGACUUCUUUGUGAAAGGUUUACCUAAACAACCCGAGGUAGAACCACCCCCUGUUCCUGCCAAAGAAACACAAAAAGCAGUCGUAGUACAGCCGAAGCCUGCCGAGCCUGUGGCCGGUGAAAUGAAUAUAUCUGUCUCAAUAGAUAGACCAGAAAUUAUCAUGAUUGAAGACCAGUCUAAACAAGAAACUAGUGCCCUCAUGUUAGAUAUGGAGUUAGUGUUCAGGAUGAGACAGAGUCCAGAGACAAUGGACAUGUCAGCUGACAUUAAAAAUCUCGGUAUAGUCUCAUGUAAAUACAACAGUAGGGGCUCUGGGGCACAGCUAGCAGACAGAAGCAAAAACAAAACCAAAGUGUUCCUUCACAAUAAAGCUGGGAAAUUACAAAAUUACAUUAAAGGAGCUCCAAUGAGGUCAGAAACUGAUGACACAGACAAUCUUGCAUCAGAACCGCUAGAUUUGGGCACAGCAGUUGAUGAAGUUUUAGAAGAAAGGGGGGAACAGUCCUAUAAAGAAAAGAUGAUAUUGAAAGUUCCAUCAAUCGUGGUAAAGAUCGAGGGAGGUGUUGGUAACCGAACUGUACCGUUACUUAUCACAGAGAUGUCAUUCCAAGGUGAAGUCAGGGACUGGUCAGGAAAGCUAUAUGUAGAGAGUAGACUUCUGCUGGAAGUGGCUUAUUACAACGAGAAAAUGUCCGUAUGGGAACCACUAGUGGAACCAGUGUUUCAUGAGGGUAAAUACCGGAGAUGGGAACUCGGUCUUGAGGUUAGUUAUUUCAUAAUAUAUGAAACCACUAUAACCAUUAUAACUUCAGUCAUAGGCUGA